GUGCCGUUGUAAUUGUGAUAGAGGUGGAAAAUCUGUCAGAUUGGUAUAUAAAUGAAGUUGGUUGUGAACGUCUCUCUUUUAUAACCUCAAAAAUGCGCGAGAACUAUUACUGUGGAAUAGCGAAGUAGGCUUUAGAUUUAGUUUAUUUAGUGUUAAAGUGAUUGCAUUUUCAUUAUGCCGUCGAAAAAAAGAAAAUACAAUGCAAGAUUUCCAGCAGGGCGUAUUAAGAAGAUAAUGCAGACUGAUGAAGAAGUGGGGAAGGUGGCCCAGGCAGUACCUAUUAUAAUUUCUCGUACCUUGGAGCUGUUUGUGGAGUCAUUGCUGAGCAAGGCAAUGCAAGUUACAAUGCAGAGGAAUGCCAAGACCCUCAGUCCAUCACAUGUCAAGCAGUGUAUACUAGCUGAAUCUAGAUUUGAUUUUUUAAGGGAUUUGGUUAAAAAUGUACCAGAUGUGACAGCAGCAGAGGAGAAAGAGAUACAGAGUGGGGAGAGUUCACCUAAUUCUUCAAGAUUCUCAGACUCACUAUCUAAGAAGCUAGUCAGAGAUGAUUCAAACAGUUCGAGUAGCUCAGAUGUUAAGGUGACACCAUUAAUACCACCAAGAGAUUUCAACCAGUGCCUGUCUGUCGAAGCAGACAGACCUAAAAUAGAAGCAAUACCCGAAGCCAUAGAUCUAACAAAGAAAGAUAGUAAACCAAUUGUCACAGCAGCUAAUUUCUAUCAAGAAACUUUACCAGACGAGGUACCGCAUAAAAGUGUGAUACAACUGAAUCCAACCUAUGCCAGUCCACAACCCUCAACGUCUAGCUACGCGAUUUUAAAAUCAGUUGACGUGAAAACAGAAGCCGUUAUCCCGCAACAGGACUCGUUCUUAAUACGUCAAGCGACACCCCCUUUAACACCAAUAACGCCAAUCACACCAAUUUUUAACAUAGAUUUUACAAAAAACCUAGCCAAACCAGAAAUUAAAGUGCUAGAUGCAAAUGCUGUUAAAGAUAAGAAAAUGAUAAGGCAGAAUUCAAAGUCAAAAGUGAAAAAAAUUGAAAUUCCAAAGCCGGUGAUUCUCGAUAAUAUUACCACUGAUUUGCAAAUUGAUGAAGACUAUGAUACCUGAUGUGUUUUUGCUGUGUUCAAUUAGUGCUAUCCAAACUGAUCUGGUAAUUUAAUUCAUAAUACAUAUUGAUAUAAGAAUAAUAGUGAUUUAACUGUUUGUCAGCAUUUACAAGUAUAUAGAAAAGACUAUUUACUCUACUAAAACUCAAUUGCAUUGACAACAAUUGGGUGUAGCUAAAACCUUUAAUGAUAACACAGAAAUGUGUAUGCAUCACCACAUUCAAAAUAUCUAUUAUUUACCUAAUUAUUCUCAUAUCAACAUAUGUAUUCACCAACUGUCCCAGGAUGUUAUAAAUGGUGUAGAACACUUAUUUAAAACUCAUUUUUUAUUAAGUUAAAAGUGAAAUACCACUCAAUUUAACCUAAACUUCCUAUUUUAUGAAGAAGUUUAAAAAAAAUAUUUGAAUUGCAACAUACCAAAAAGUUAUUUUUUGUUAAAUUUCCAUGUUUUAUAUACAAGAUAAAAAAAUGUAGAUAGAUAAUGAGUUAUUGCAUGCAAAGCGCUCAAUCAAUCAAUAAGGUUGGAAGUCAGAUAAAUAUUUUUAUUUUUUCUAUAAUAUCCUAAAGCUUUUUAUUAUUUAUACUUGCAACUUAACUUACCCAGGGUAGCAUAGAAUAAAUGUUUUUAUAGUUAGUAUAAGAAAAAAUUAAGAAGAACUGACAACAACAACAACAGCUGUUGAAUGUUUUGUACAUAUCUAUCUCCUGUUACUUACCAAAAUAAUUUAAUUAAAAUAAAUAAAUAAGGUUCAUAGAACGUUAAUGGUAUGGGCAUACAAAAUCAGAUCAUACUAUUGUAAUUUUUCUAUUUUAACUAAAAUAUAGGCAUGGCAAGCUAUCAAGUAAGCUUUCCAUUAGCACAUUAUUUUUCUGUCUCUAUAAGUGUGAGCAAAGGGAAAGUUACUAAAUUAAACAUUGAGUUAUAAAAUAUUAAAUUUAUCAAAAACAUACCAGUUUCAUGUUAGGAUAGUACUUGUCAUUUGUUGUUUACCAUUUUAGGUAUAUUUAAGAAGUCAGACAUUUUGUAAAAUAUGUGUGUGAAUUGUGUGUAAGAAUGUUGUUUGUACUUGAAGACGUUUUUGUUUUUAAUCUAAAUUAUUUUAAGUAAUGAUAAUUUUUAUCAAUGAAAUGAUUAUGAUGCUCAAAAAUUAAAUGUGACUAGUAUGUUCCACAUUUUACAUUAUUGAUUUGCCAAAUUAUAACUAUUCAUUAUUUAAAGAAAUUUGGACUGCUUUAGACUUUUCUAACAAAACAUUUGUUUCAAGAAAUGUAUUUACUGGUUUAUGUAAGCAAUUACAUAAUUUGAAUUGCUGCAGUUGAAUGGCUAGUAAUGUCUAGUUAUGAUUUAUUUAUCUUAAGCAUGUUUAUGUAAAUGCAAUAUUUUUGUAAAUUUUAUGUUUGUACAGAAUGUAUAGUAGUGUUAAUGUACAAAAAAGAAUGAAUGGACAAGUUCUAAGAAGUCUGACUAGAAAAAUAAAUAAUUAAGAAAUUA